GCGUUAUCACAAAUCAUUGAGGACGAUAAAGAAAACUAUCUCCCACCUGUUAUAUCCAAUAAUCCACACGAAAAAGUGGGGCCCGAAAAUGUUCAUAUAAACUUUGAUGAAUUACACUUUCUGUCAGAAAUGCGGAAUAAGACUGAUAAAAGUAAACAGGUAUUAAUCAAAGAGACCAUCCAACCUGUACCAAAGUAUCCUUUAGCAUUAAUUUGGUUUCCUGAUACAUUGAAACUUAUAAUAGAUAAAACUCCGAUCAAUGGGAAAUUAACCCUAAUAAACGUUUGCGAAAGAUUGAUCUACAUCCAUUGCUGUGGUCUAUGGAAUGACGAGAUAAGGCUCGGCGCACACUGGUGUUGUUACCCAAAGACCAGGCUCCUUAUAGCGCCAGGAUUAAGAAGAGAGUUAUACGUGAGUGCGGAGCCUAAGGAGACUUGUCCCAUAUCUGAGGCGCGCGUAGCUCUACAACUAGCCGCGGCGUAUAAGCGGGAUCACGUCAUCGCUUACUUUAUGGUCCCUAUGCAAGUCCAAUUUAAGAAUUACGUCAACCCACAAUCCGAAGAGCAUUCAACUGAGAAACUUUCGAAAUGCAGCUGAAGAAGUAUUUUUCGUUGUUAUUUAGGUAUUUUAAUUUAGAACUAUCCGAUUGUUAUUAUAAUCAAGAUAUAUUUUUCGUUACAAUUUAAAUUUGUAAUAUUUUCACCAUAGGCAAAUUGCACAUUUUUGAUAAAGCUAUUACCGGUUUCUCUAGUAAUAUUGUACGAUUGAAACGAAAUAUCCUAUAUUUUUCUAAAUAAUUGUGGCUAUGUGACAUACUCAAUGAGUAAAUUUUUGAUGCUUA